AAGAUUUUGUACAAGAUGAUGUUAUCGGAGUCCUAAUUAUUCAUAAUCCUUAUUAUUAAUAAAAUCCUAAUUGUCAUGACUUAUCAGACUUGUUAACACCAUUUUAACAAAACAAACAACAGACUGAAAUCAACCUGAUCAGAACUAUGGGACAAAUUUCUAGUCGAGAAAAGGGAAGGAAAGGAUCUUCUCAAAGCAACAGAGGGGGAAGCAGUGAGAGAGAGAGAGAGAGAGAGAGAGAGAGAGAGAGAGAAAGAAAGAGAGAGAGAGACUGAUUGGGGUGUUAACAGAUAUUUGAGAAUUUAAUUCCGCCGUAUUUUGUCAAUUUUCAAGCGAAACCUGCGAAUUCCUUCGGCAAGAAAUUCAAUCAAUUAUAAUCAGCGAGUGUCUCGCAGCUCUCAUUUUUACCGGCGACGUGCAGUGUACAUCGGAUGUCAUAAGCAAAAAUCGUCGCAAAUAAUGAUUAAUGCCAGCGGGUAGGGUCGGUUAAAUUGGAAGAGUAAUGUAACGUACUCCGUGCCCCUGACAUCGCGUUACUCUCAAUAUUGCACGACGAAUAAUUCAGAAUUUUCGGAAUUAAUUCAGAGCGAGGCGCAACGUCGUGGCUUGCGUCGAACGCUACCUCACGCUCAUGCGCGAGUGCAGGGCCGAGAACGACGCCGUCAUCCCUCGUAAACGGGCCGUCGAUGUAUUUCGAGUGGCAGAUAAAACGUGACGUCAAUAUUAUCGCAAACAACUAGGAGAUUUGUCGUGCAGAUUUCCCCGUGAAAUUUCCUGUCGACUCUCCUGUUUCCGUCCGUCUUCCCCGAACAUCUCUCCUCUCUUCCACGAUCACCUCGUCGCCCAUACCACCGUCUACGUCGCCUCCACCAUCACCGCCGUCUCCGAGUACGGCCCUGGCGUCAGCCUGGCGGCGACGGAGGCCGCAACGAAGAGGCGCUCCUCGUCGUCACUCACGAUGGGAUGAAGUCGCGUUUUCUGCUGGCUCGCCUUAUCGCCGCCACACAAGCAUUUGUGAUUAACGCGCACCGCGUUCUGUUAUCGUCAUCGUCGUCGUCGUCGUCUUCGUCAUCGUUGCUGUUUGUCGUUGUCGCCGAUGGUGUAACUGAGCACGCCGGGCAUUUGCAGAAGAAACACGACGGGCCGUGACACCUGGGACAGGCGUCUGCUCUCCGAAGGUGGGCGCUGGCAGGUUAGGUUUUCGUGAAGGAAUAACGGAAGAGACAGUCGCAAAGCUGGCGGGCCUAACGAGCUGCGUGUCGACGAUGAUGGACGAUGAGGAGCAAGAGGAGCUCCGUUGCACGGGGAGUGACGUCGAGAUUGAGGAGUACACCGACACCGAGGAAUCGCCAUAUGUCGCUUAUCAAGCCGGUGAUAAGCUGUUCGAUACCGACCGCGAGAACUGGCAGAAGUUCCGCUUCCUGGCGAGCCUGGUGUCCGUCGCGGUAUCAGUUACCGUCCUCGUUAUCAGCUAUCCGCUUUAUCUCGAGAGCGUUGGCGCUGUCUCCAGCGCUUACACAGGACUCCUCUUCACUGCUCUGUGCUCCGCCUGCAUUCUGGGGGUGGUGUAUUUCGUCGUGGACAGAGUGUCACCGCCACCGCCGCUGAUUCCGAACAGCCUGCGAGUCAAGAUACCCUGCGACGAUCUGCUCAAAAUUGGCUUUCUGUACGCCACUUCGGGAGUCUUCAUCAGCCUUUCCCUCGAUCGAAACAGAGUACUGUGUCACUUGCAGGACCCGAUAAAAGGCAUCACCCUCGUCUUCUCCCUCGUUUACUACUUCUUUUUUUGCCGAAAAAUGAUGAGCUUGCAGCGAAUAUUCUCGAGCACGACUAUAAUAGUGGGUCUGUUCAUAAGUGUCGAUUAUGGUCUCUGCGACGAAUUCCGUUGUCGCGGAAGGGAGGUGUCUUCGCACACAACAGCCACCAUGAAGGGACCCUGGGGUAUCCGAGUGCUCUGGACUUUCGUUUACGUGGGCGGUCUCGCUGCUUUCGCUAUGUUCUUCACCAUGCUCGAGCGGCACUACACCACCGCGCAACAAAAUGUAUGCCAGAUGUUGACGACCCAGCAUAAUUCUUUCCUCUACACGGUGUCCCGCUUGGUGUCUUCCCGCGACAUUCGCCGUCGCGGCUCCGAAGAGGAGGGCGGUCGGCUCCUCCACGUGACCGACCCCGACCCCACGAUAAAACCGAAAAACUACCCCAAGCCGCCGGUUCUGCGAACCCUCUUUUACAUACACGUCAUCGCUUUCUUCGCGAUUCUGGCGGUCUGCUGGCUCGACACAGUGCCCGGCUUCGGUAGGGGUCUGUCGCCUGUAGAACUGUACCGUACCGUUGAGCACGGUGUGGUGUGUCACUUUAAGGGUGGCAAGCUGUGCUCGAACGUGUCCAGCCAUGGAUGGACGUUUCUAUUCGCUUACGUUGUCUUCUCGAUCUCAAUGCUCAACUUUUUGUCGUUAUGCGAGAGCGCGGUGUUCAGCGUGGCCGUCGCGACCGUGUCGCUCCCGUUGUCCGGCAUCUGGUGGAGCAUCUACAAGAUGGACAUCGGUUUACACGGCGCAGGUUCCAUCUCCUGGUCGCCGUCGGUGACGGGCGAGCUGAUUUGCGCCCUGCUCGGUCUUCCAGUUGUCCUGCUGGGUCUUGGCCUGCUCGUCCGGUCACACUUCAGGGACACGCAGCUUCCUUACCAGACCAUCCAGUCGCCUGACAUCCAGCGCGCGCCUUGCCACAGAUGAAUCUCUUUCUAGCAGUUGACUCGACCGCGCGGUGAGAUUCAAGCCACGUGCGGUGAUCCACGGAAAUGAAUCCCGAUCGGCUGGACGGAACGACGACUCGUUCGCCGUCGAGUCGAUCGGCACGAACGACUCGACGAAACAAAAACAGAAUUCACCGAGCCGAAAUAAUAAUGUUAUUGUUGUUGCAAUUGACAGAUAUAUCUUGUCGACGUUCUUCCUUCGAUCGCGAGGAUCACGGGAUCCUCGAUUCGCUUACGUUUCGCAAUUUGCCGCGCGCGUCCGUGAAAUUCCUCCUCCCGCGCGCGGAAGUGUGCAAAUUCGCGGCGCGCGCGCGUGCGCACGCGCUGUGAUAAGAAAAAGCGCCGGUAUCGGUAAAACUCCCCCUCCGUGAAAAGAAGGAAGACGAGGAAGAAUGCGAUAGCGCGGGGAAGGAAGGAGAGAGCGAUCAAUAUUUCCUAUGUAUUUGCCGAAUGUGAACAUCCGCGUCACACAACGUUAUAGCCAAUUUAUAUUUUAUUUUGAUAACGAGAUGUUUUAUAUUUUCGAACAAGUUCAAAUUACACAUGUUGAGAACUGGGUAGCAAAAUAACGACUAAAAGCGCGGAAAGUACUUUUUUAGCUACGAGCCCGCAUGCACAGGAGCCGACCCGGCGAAGGACAUUCCACUCAUUGAAUUUCCGCGCGCUUUCUUGCGAUCUAGAGGACCCUAGUAAGUAGCAUUAUUAAACUACCGGGUAUUGUUAUAAUCGUGAAAUACGUCAAAUAAUCGUUAAAUAAUUGUGUGAGGCCAACGUAUAAAAUAAGGAACAGAAAUUUCCGCCCUUUUCGAUUUCCACUCGCGUGUCUGUUUUAUAUGAGGCAGCUCUCCUUCGCAGCCCUGUGCAUGCGGAUUAGACGAUAGUAACGUACUUUGCCAAAGAUAAAAGGAAAAAAGGAAAGGGAGAGAGACUGCUGCACAGUUUGCAGCUUCCACGUUGAUACUAAAGUAAUAAGCGAGUGACUGAGAUACGUGCGCACGCGUAUGUGUGUAAAGGACAUCCCACUAACGUUAGACAUUUACUAGAAUCGGUAACUUCAGCGCACAAACUGUCUCGAACUAGUUGCAUCCCGGUGGUUAACAGCACGUACGACCGUACUACAGGACCGCGUAAAAUUCAAUUCGCGCGGCGAACAAAAGUUUCUAGAUGACGUUAACAAAACGUUAACGUGCCGUUAACAAAAAUUCCCGCCAAGCCGUGUCUUCCUCCUGCAGCCGGAGCGCCGAUUACGUUUGCUGCGCGUGUCUCCGUGCCCAUCGUGUGCGCGUGUAUGAAGUGUAAUUCAUUUUUCUUCUCGCGCUUGCACGUACAAAAAUCCAUACUGUAUUCUAGUAACUUGCUACUUGUUUCUAAUAUUAUGUAUAUUUUAUACAUCCGCGAGUCUAUCGUGAAUUCAUCACGAGCAUAAAGAGUGACGCCAACAUGUACCCCAUUUAAAAACAUUUUAAAAAUUCAAAAUGCUAUAUUUAAUAAAAUUAAAUGAAGAAUUUAAUGGUAUAAAUUCCAUGUUCCAAACUAAUCAGAAGUAGAAAAUUUCAAUUGAAACAUCAACGUCCAGUUGAUUUUGGAACAUGAAGUGCAUAGGAAAAUGCACUUUAACCUACUCACAAAACAAAAAAACAGAAAUAUUCAAAUUGUUUUUGAUUAACUAUUUUAAAAGCUAGAUUAAACAAAAUUCAACUUUUGAAAUGAAAUGAAAAAAACAUAAAGAAAGUAGCCUAAAAUUUGGAACUUUUUCGAACCGUAGUGCUGAAACGGUACACUAGGCGGCUCUAAAACUUAUAUCUUUGUAAUCAACUCAUCAAGGCCUUUAAUUUGGUGCCCAUUUUAAGUACAUUUUUCACUGCACAGAAAUGGGGCACAUGGCCUAUGGAUCAGUGGCAUCACUCUUUGCCAAAAAUAUACUCUAAAUCCUAACAAAUUUCAAUCGAGAACAUUCAAUUAAAGCAAAAAUUCGGUUUGCUUAUUAUACAGAGUCGAACCAAUUUUGUCUUGGAUAGAGUUUUGUAAUAUUCAUUCAUUGUAAAGUACAUUCUUUUCUUUUGAGUACACGAUAAUGAACUUUUCUUAAGUUUGUGAUAAGUAUAUUUUAAGACUAUUAUGAAGAAGAGUUCUUUGUUGAAAGAAUAGCCAUUACUUAAAGGAAGGAAAGAAAACCAAGUCUCGCUUUUCUUAGCGAGAAUAACAUUUUUCUGUAUGCACGAUUUCCGAACGCAGUUCAGAAUUUGCAUUACAUUCCCAAAUUUCUCUUAAAUUUGCUGUUAUUUUAGUCAUCGCAUGAUGUUUUCUCGAAUGUGUCUCGCAAUCUUCUUGAGUCCUUUUUAAUUUUCCAUCGAUUGACAAUAAAGCUCGCUGGCUUUUUUUGCUAUUAUUAUAUUUUUCUCUAAGUUUGUUUCAGAUCUUUUUUUCCAUUUUCGUCAUUUUUAUAUUCUCAUUCUUCGCACACAUUGACACCACUUAUGUCAAUGUCUUCCCUCAAAUACAAAACGUCCAAACAUAAAUGUUUCUCUUAAAUUCUUCCGCAAUUCUAUUUCCACUAUUGUUUGUUCACACACUUUUUGAAUGACAUCCGUCAGUUAUCGCGAAUUUCUAUCGAAUUCUUUGUCUUUAUCGACUCUUUACUCUAACUUUAUACUCCUCCUUCUCCCCGAAGUGAAAAUGCUGAAUAAUCAAACUUCUAUGAAAAAAAAGAAAAAAAGGAAAAUCAAAAGUUCAAAAGCGGCUCAGAGUGAUCUCAGAAUGAACGAAAAAAAUUAUUCGUGCCAAACUCGUGAGUCCCGAGCGAUUCAACUUAAGCUAAAUAUUUAAGCGUUUGCAUAGUGGUCGUGUUACUAUUUCAAAAUAAUAAUAAUAAUAACGAUAAUAAUAACUAUAGUAAUAAUGCAUAAGUGUCGUUAUUCAUGUGUCAAAUCGACGCGCGGCGUAGUUCGUUGACAGCGAUUACGAAUUCAGGCUGUAAGUUAAUUAGCUUAUAAGGCAGAGGAGGUGAUUUUAACUUGUUGGAAGUGUGUCAAUCGUAUUCUAUCGAGGAAAACGGAAAGCUAUACGUCCACAUUUUUUACAAUAGCAGUAAUAGCGAGGCGUUUCGAGGGAAAGUAAUUAACGCGGCUGACUGAGUGCAACGAUAAUAAAACUAGCACGCCACUUCUUGUUGCAGUCAGUAGCUACGCCGAUGUAAAUCGACUACCGCUGAAUGUCGUAGUAUAUAGUAGCCGUCGUAAUGAAAUUAGAUAUACUCGUGCUGUGUAUUUGGCGUAAAAGUAAUCAGGAUAAUUGAGAGCUCGGGUGCGCGAUGAAACGACGACGAGUUCACUUCAAUUCGCGAAACCUCUCUCCAUGGAAAGUGGAGGGACAUCAAUGUCUCUUUAUUGUGCCAAACGCGACACGAAGGUAAACUCGGAUCUUGAGUUUUUCUCUAAAUGAAUCUCUCGUGUUUUAUUUUCGCCGUAAUUGUUUCCUUCUCGAAUCCAAUAGCAAUAACGAGUGAACGUAAUUCUCGCGAAAUUCCAGGCUCACCGUUGCUUUGCACCGUGCCGAAGCUCUCAAUUCCGAACGUGUACAAGGACGAGUUUCUCCUUCGUAUACUUUCUAUAGAUACAUACAUCUGUUUGUUAACUCUAUGAGGUAUGAAUAUGCGACGUGUAGCGCAGAGAUAUAAUAAUUUAUAUAGGGGUGCCAAUAUAUAUAAUAUAUCUAUACACAUAUAUAAAUAUGUAUACAAGCUGCGCGAUUAACUUAUUACACAACGUGUUAUACAACAACCAAGAGUUCAGAAAAAGGAAUUGAAGUGCAAUUUGAAAUCUCGUUAUUUUCUUGCUCGUUCCUACUUGAUACCGCGAUGAGUAUUCAAAAAGCGUUUGAUUGCACGUCUGAAACUUCUCGCAGCUAGUCCAAUUGGACACUGAGAUGCAAUAACAAUCGACGGUUACGUCGACGUCGUUGUCAGAAUUUCGUGCGAAAGUAUGGUCAAUCAAUUUCACAGAUAGGUAUACAAAAUAUAACAAAACACUAAGGUGAAAGUACCGAUAUCAGGACACUGAUAACAUCGAUAUCGAACUCUGGACAUUCUUAUUGUUUUGGUCUUUAUAUGGAGAGAAUUUUAUUGUAUAAAAGUUACCAUAAAACAUUGUAACUGAGGAA